AAUUUUUUCAAUAUGAGACUUGAUUUUGGAAAGUUAAACAAAUAAAAUUGUUUUAAUCCAUUCAUGAUUAUAAUAUCUUUUCAUUUAAAUUAAUAUUAAAUUGAUGUUCAAGAUAUUUUAUAAUUAUUGUGUAAUUAUCAUAUGGCGUCAGUUUUGUGGAUGUUCAAUUGUCAAAAAACAUGUAAAACUAACAAAAUGUACUUCCAAAAUGGAAACAUACAACGAAUUUUAAUGUUUAUAAACGCUCAAAGUUAAGUUAUAUUUUUGUUAAAAAUGAGAUUGAAUUCUGUAAUAAUAUCAUGAUGUAUGAGGACAGUUGGAUAUGGUUUGUGUCUGGCGGACUCUUGUUUACCACUGUUAUAUUGAUUGUUGCUUGUAUAUGUGGCUGUCACAAAUCAAUACCAAAGUAAGUAACUCCUCAAUGUAUUUAGUACUUUUGUUUUAAAUAAAAUUUGUUGAGCUUAGUUUUUGUUUUUAUUUUAUAAUUAUUGUAUGUUAAAACAGUAUGGUAUGUAUAUUAAUUUUAUUGUAUGUGCGAUUUAAUACUUGUAACAGUUUUUGUUUGCAUGUCGCAUUAUAAUCUUAUUAUGUAUUAUUAAUGUUAAAUAUACAACAAAAUAAAAAACUUACUUCAAAUAUUUAGUUGGAUAUUGAUUAGGUUUAUUAGGAUUAUUAGGAUUAUUAGGUAUAUUUGAUUCAAAUCUUGAUAGACUUAAGUAUCUAAAUGUUUAUACCUACUAAAAAAAUUUCAUAUUAAAUUAUUUUUAAACUCUUGUAUUUCUUAUGUACAAAAUAUACGCUCACGGAAAUUAAAAUUAUAAUUUACAAUAUUUUGUUUAAACUUGAACAAAACAAACACAAUUUUAUUUAAAUAGGGGUCUAUUCUUUUUUUUUUUUUUUUAUUAUGCAGGUAGUAAAGUAAUACUUAAUUACAAAUAAAACACUUAGACAUAAAGAUGAUUGAACUAAAUUUUGAAAUGACACAAGGAGUUUAAAAAUCAUAAGAGGUGGUCCUCAAUAGUGACCCAAAACUAGAUUUAACCUAUAUAUUUGGCUGUAUACUACCUAUUGAUCAAUUAUCUUUCAACCCACAUAACUCACUGAAAUAAAUUGUUUUAAAUUGACAUUAAUAUAAUAUUUAACUAUAUAAUAUAUAAUACAUAUUAAAUACCUACCUAUAUUUAUUAUUUUAUUAAAAGUAAUAAAAUAAAAAUAGUUAUUUGAGUAUUUCAUAGUAUUAUAUUAUAUUUUUAUUUUUACGCUUGUAAUAUAAUAGAAAUGAAUUACUUGGUCUUGCUGGCAUGGUAAAAAUCACCAAUCCUGAUGUUGGACCAGAACCAGUGGACAGGAACUUAUCAGCAAGUCCAUCCCCAACAAAUAGUACCAAAAGGUUUUUAUAACAUUAUUAUUAUUAUAGGAAAAAUUAAUUUUUAUUAUAAACAUUUAAAUUAUAUUAUAUAUUACAGAAGUUCAGCUGGUGCUACAUUAUCUUCAGCGACAAGAAGCCUUCCUGAUUUACCAGUAGAAACUCCUAGAGGCUCAGAUACAAUUGCUACCGCUGUUUGGUAUGGUGGUGAUACCAAUUCUGAGCUAUAUGCUACUGUCGAAGAGAAUAAAAAUGGGAUCAAAGGUGACCCGUUAAAAUAUAUGAAUAAUACCAUGUCUCCGUCUAGUGGCACUACAGUCUCUAAAAGUGAAUGUGUCUAUGCCUCUGUGAACAAAGAAAAUCCUUAUGACAAAUUACAGCAGGAACACCCAUACGCUAAAGUUGGUGCCAACAAUCUAAAUAAUCAUUAUGCUGGUUCCCAAAGGUAUAGUACUAAAUAAAUAAUAAAUAGUAUCAUGAAUUAAUGUUAUUAUGUUUGAAAUUGAAAUAUAUGAAUUAUAUUCAAAAUUAUUAUUUUAGAUUGGAGAAAUCUAGUUUAACUGAUUCCAUAGAAAUGGAUGUUAUUGAUAGAGCUACUCCUGAUCAUGAUAUAGCAGCAGCUAGUGUAAUUGCAGGUGACGAAGCUGCCAGUAUUAACAUUCCUUAUAUGACUCCACCAGUAGGACCUGUAGAACAUCAUCCAUUAAACGUGCAACCAAGACAAGGCCAUUACAGUGGCGAUUCCCAUGAUUCUAGUAGUAGGAAUAUUAUUAAAUGUCAUGGAUGUUUUAUUAUAAAUUAUAAUAUAUAAAAUAAAAUUUCAGAAGGGUACACAAGUAUUAGUGUUCGAGAACCAUUAUCCAGAAUCAUGUCCAGUGCUCGAAAUUGUAGUAUACCAACUGAUCCCCAUUAUGCAUUUGUUUCAGAUGAUUCUGGUAUAGAAUAUUUUUCAGCUUAAUAACUAAAAAAAAAAAAACCCAAUACAAUUAUGCAUGUUUAUUUUUACAGAUGAAAUGUAUGCUGCUAUCAUGGACCCAAGUAAUAAUGUUUAUAAUAGUGGAAGUGAAACGUAUGCUCAAAUACCCAGUGUAAAUAAUAUUCCAGUCGCCUCAAUGGGUCAAGCAUAUAAAGCUUCUACGUCCCAUAUGAAUGGAGCAGAACAAACACAAACACAUUCCAGACAAGGUAAAAGUUUGCAACUUUUAACAAUUUAAAUUUCUAAAGGUGCUAUCAAUUUAAUUUGUAUAGAUUCUUCAUCUAGUGCUGUAAGUACUAAUUCUCCUAAACCUGAAAAACGACCGGCCAAUUCACCUUUACCAAAGCCUCCGGAGUACUUGGAUGAAAUGUAUGCCAAAGUAAUGAAAAAACGUAAUGAUUCACCGGAGCAACCAUCUCCUACAUUGCUUCCUUUGUACAAUGAAGGUAUUUAUGACAGAUUGGUCGAGCCUAAACAACCACUAGUGUCUGACGUCGAUCCUAAUUACGAAGAGUUAAGGCCCACUAACCAUGGUUAUGCUCGGAUAAAAAAAAUUGAAAGACCGUCUGAACCUGAUUACGCAAGUUUGACUAGGACAAUGACUGCUGAAUAUAUUGAAAAUGAUCCAAACUAUGAAAGCUUAAAAAUAGACAUAAAUGAAAUCAAUCAUAAUUCAAUUUAUUCAGAAGUCAAUAAGAGGUAGCUUUUGGACAAACAGUAUUUACUAUUUUAUUAUAUAAAUUAAUAUAGUACAAGGUCUUAACUUCUUUUUAUUUCUGCUUUUUGUUAAUUUUAUAACUGCAAAUAUGAUUAGUAUAUUUUGUUAAAAUACUUGAUAAGUACCACUAUUUUUAUCAUUUAAACCAGAACGUAUCAUUCAUUUUAAAUGCGUGUGAUCAUUUUUCAUGGGCAAAAUAAUGGCUCAAACAUUUCCAAUUGACAAAUUAUAAUAUGAAUAUUGUGAGAAUAAUUGUGAUUAUUAAAAAUUGAAUACCUAAGUUAUUUUAAUGGGAAAUAUAACUUACCAAAAACUAUUUUUCCUUUCUUUUUUUUUUUAAAUUUCAGUUUAAGUUUCUACCAUUAUGAUUUUAAGUAUAAUAAUAUAGUCUUUAUUUUAUUUCCAUUAUAAUUUUUAAUAUACACUGGAUAAUUUGUGUUUCCUAUUUAUUGACAGGGAUAAUGGAUUUUUUAUAACUUUAUUAUUAUUCAAUAGAUAUUAAUUAAUCUAUUUACAUAAAUCAUGAAACUACAUUUAUAUUUUAUCUAUUGUUAAAAUUAAAAAAAAAAACUCAUACGUUAUUAACCAAAUUUUGCUAUAAUAUCAAAUUAGGUUACUUAACCACAGACUGAAGUAUUAUUUUAUUUUUACACGUGAACUACUUAAUGGAGUACAAUAUGUAAAUAAUUUUAUUUUUUUAAAUGUUUGACUAAGAUUAUACUACACGUAAACGCUUAAUGAAUUUGAAAUGUUAUUGGGAAUAUUUUUACUUAUAAUAAAUUUAUUUUUUUACACACACAUACUCACAUACCAAUUAUUUCAGUUUGAUUAAUAGUCUUUGUAAAUAACAGUCACACAGUUACCAAACAUUUUGAUAGGAAAUUCAAGUGCUUCAAUCAUUGUUUUUACUAGUAAUUAUCCAAAGCUGCAACCUGUUUCCUCAUUAUUAUUUCAUACUUUAUACCAUGGAAGCUAUAUGGCAAACUAAAUUAUAUUAAUAUCCUUGGUUUUGCAACAUACAUGUUUACAUUUUUUGUCAAAUUGUUUGGUACAAACUGUAUAACAUACACAAAAAAAUCUAAAUUUUUGUUAUUAUAAUUUUAGUACUGUAAAAUAAGUAUUUUAUUUUAUGUGUUUAAUUUAGUUUAGUUAUUAAACAUUGUUUUAUAUUAUAUUUCUACAUGGUUGCCACGAUUUUUGGAAAUCUGAAAGUCAGGGGAUUUAAAUUUAAAACUUUAAUCUCUAUUUACAUUAUUAAAUAUUAAUUAUUCAAAAUUUUAAAAAAAAUAUCUUAUUAAAUAUUUGUAUGUGUAUUAUUUUAUUACGUAUUUUAUUCUAAUAUGUAACUAAUACUAUUAAACUUAAAAAAACUGAGAGCAAAAAAUAUAUUUUUAAUCUAUAUUAUUUGUUUACACUGGCAAAUUCAGAAAAUUCAAAAUAAAGUUUCGUGGUAACCAUGUUUUAAAACCUUUUUUGUAUUUUAUAUGUCUGGUUAAGUUGAUUUUUUUUUAUAAUAAUUUAAGUAUAAAUGAUGGUAUACUUUUAUUUCUUACUUGUUACUGUAAACUCUGUUAUAUUAUUGGUUAAACAAAUAUAUUACAAACAUAAUUAACUUUAUUAAAAUACAAUAAUUUGAAGUUAACCUAAUACAUUAUAAAUUGAUUUAUUGCGAUACCAUUAAGUAUAAAAAAAAAGUUCAUUGUUAAUUUCUUUCUAUUUUAAAACUUUAAUAAUAACUAGUUUAAAAAUCAAAUUAAUAUUUGUUUAAUAUAAUGAAAAUUGUAAAACAAAAAAUAAGCUGAAUAAACUUAAUACAAUUUUAAAAAAAAAUUUGUUUUUCAAUUAUAGCAUAGAGAUUGUGGAGUGAUUAAUAUAUUGGUUGAUAAUAUUAAUUUAAUUGUUACAUUUGUUCAUCAUUAAUACUACCAUUUCGAUUUAUUGGCACUUUAAUGUAAAUUACUUUUUUCGGCCUUGCAUCAUUAGACAUUUGAACAAAAUCAUCUUGAUCUUCCCAUUUUCUUCGUUCCCUAGCUUCUUUUGCUCGUUUAUGAUCCAACCAGUUUAUUAUACAAGAAGCGGGUACCCAUAUCAAACCAGUAAUUAAUAUAACUGUACCUACAAUAUUAUCCUUUAAAAAUCUUAACAUCUUAUUAAUAUUGAUUUCUUCAAUGAUAUCCCAAAAACGUUCCACAACAUCUUGAAUAGUUUUCUCACAUACACCCUAUUAUGAAUAAACAUAUUUAACAUUUUAUUUUUUUCUAAACAAAUAUCAAACAAUUGAAUAGUACCUUGUUACAAAAUCCUUGAAUGCAUGGGGUUCCAUCAGGUAAUACAUCAGGUGGAUCAACAGGAUAACAUGUAUCAUUUAGAUUAGUACGACAACAACGCUUACAGGAUUGUAAUACUAGAAAUAAUAACAGUAAUAGUAGUAAUGACAAAGCUUAGGAACUUCUAGCAUUUACAUAUUUUUUCUGAAUUAUGUAAAAAGUAGCAG